UGCGCCUGGAGAAGAAAGGAACAUGGCUCCUGCAGCUCGCGACGCGCAGUUAGGCGGGCCCCGGCGCGCCGGGCCGCACUGAGCCCGCCCGCCCGGCCGCCAUGGUGAACCCGAGCCGCGUGAAGCCGCAGCCCGAGGCGGGGGCGCUCCGCAGAGCCCAGCCUCCGCCGCCGCCGCCCCCGCGCCCGGGAGAGCCCGGGGCCGCCGCCUCCUCCCGGGCCAGGCUGCCCGGCGCGGACGGCGGCGGCCUCGCGGCCCCGGGCCUCUCCUCCCCGGGCGGCCUCCGCGAGCCGCGGGGGCUGGAGAUCGAGAUGGAGCGCAUCCGCCAGGCGGCCGCUCGCGACCCGCCGGCCGGGGCCUCCGCCUCGCCCUCCCCGCCCCUGUCGGCGUGCUCCCGGCAGGCGUGGAGCCGGGACAACCCGGGCUUCGAGCCGGAGGACGACGAGGAUGACGACGACGAGGAGGUGGAAGGCGAGGAAGGCGGCAUGGUGGUGGAGAUGGACGUGGAGUGGCGGCCCGGCAGCCGCAGGUCCGCCGCCUCCUCCGUGGUCACCUCUUCCUGCAACAGCGGCCUGGGGCUCGGCGGCUUCCACGGCGGGACCCUCCCGAGCGGCCGCCGGAGGAGGAGGGAGCCCCAGGGCCCCCUCUGUGCCAGCCCCGCCGGCCCCGGAGAGUCCCUGCACCGCCACCUCCCCCUGGACGGGCCGCCGCCGCCGCCGCCCCCAGCCCGAGUGCCCAGGGCCAAGAGGCUGCUCCGAGCGCUGCGAGGUCUUUGGGGAACAAGACUGAUGGAAGAAAGCAAUACAAGCCGAGAGAAAUAUCUAAGAAGUGUUUUGCGAGAAUUGGUUACAUACUUCCUCUUUCUUGUGGUUUUGUGUAUCUUAACCUAUGGGAUGGUGAGCUCCAGCAUGUACUACUACACAAGGGUGAUGUCUCAGCUUUUUUUAGAGACACCUGUGUCUAAAAUGGAGAAGACAAAUUUCAAGACACUCUCCACAAUGGACGACUUCUGGAAGUUCACAGAGGGCUCUCUGCUGGAUGGCCUCUAUUGGGAGAUGUGGUACAACAACAGAACAGUCGCUGAAAAUCGGAGUUUCAUUUACUAUGAGAACCUGCUAUUGGGUGUGCCCCGAAUCCGUCAAUUAAAAGUCAGAAAUGGGUCUUGUUCUAUCCCCCCAGACUUGAGAGAGGAGAUUAAAGAAUGCUAUGAUGUCUACUCUGUCAGCAAUGAAGAGAGAGAGCCAUUUGGUCUCCGACACGGAACAGCUUGGACAUACACAAAUGAAAAAGAUUUAAAUGGGAGUAGUUACUGGGGAUUGAUUGCGACAUACAGUGGGGCUGGCUAUUAUCUAGACCUGUCAAGAACCAGAGAGGAAACUGCAGCAAAGAUUUCUACUCUGAAGAAAAACAUCUGGUUAGACAGAGGGACCAGGGCAAUCUUUAUUGACUUCUCAGUGUACAAUGCCAACAUUAAUCUCUUUUGUGUGGUCAGAUUAUUGGUUGAGUUCCCAGCCACUGGUGGCGUGAUUACAUCUUGGCAGUUUCAGCCUGUGAAGCUGAUCCACUACAUCUCAACUUUUGAUUACUUCCUGGCGACCUGUGAGAUCACCUUUUGUUUCUUUAUCCUUUACUAUAUAGUGGAAGAGGUUUUGGAAAUUCGUAUUCACAAAUUGCAUUAUUUCAGAAGUUUCUGGAACUGUCUGGAUAUCAUGAUUAUUGCGCUGUCAAUAGUAGCUAUAGGAAUCGACAUCUACAGGAAAUCCAAUGUGGAAGUGCUGCUGACAUACCUCGAAGAUCAAAAUACUUUCCCUAACUUGGAACCUCUAGCAUAUUGGCAGAUUCAGUUCAACAAUGUGACAGCCGUCAUGGUCUUCUUUGUCUGGAUCAAGCUUUUUAAAUUCAUCAACUUCAACAGAACCAUGAGCCAGCUGUCCACCACCAUGUCCCGCUGUGCCAAGGACCUUGUUGGGUUUGCAAUUAUGUUUUUCAUUAUUUUUCUUGCAUAUGCUCAGUUGGCCUACCUUGUCUUCGGCACCCAGGUUGAUGACUUCAGCACUUUCCAGGAAUGUAUCUUCACUCAAUUCCGUAUCAUUUUGGGAGAUUUCAACUUCACAGAACUUGAGGAAGCUAAUCGAAUUUUGGGACCCAUUUAUUUCACUACCUUUGUGUUCUUUACGUUCUUCAUUCUUUUGAAUAUGUUUUUAGCCAUCAUCAAUGACACAUACUCUGAAGUUAAAUCUGAUAUGGCUCAGCAGAAGACUGAAAUGGAACUGUCAGAUCUCAUCAGAAAGGGCUGUCAAAAAGCUAUGAUCAAACUGAAACUGAAAAAAACCACCGUGGAUGACAUCUCAGAGAGCCUGCAGCAAGCUGGCGGCAAGUUAAACUUCGAUGAACUUCGUCAAGAUCUGAAAGGGAAGGGCCACACAGAUGCAGAAAUUGAGGCAAUAUUCACAAAAUAUGAUCAGGACGGUGACCAAGAAUUGACUGAACAUGAACACCAGCAGAUGAGAGAUGACUUAGAAAAAGAGAGGGAGGAUCUGGAUCUGGAUCAUAGCUCCUUGCCCAGACCCAUGAGCAUCCGAAGCUUCCCACGGAACCUGGAUGACUCUGAAGAGGAUGAGGAUGAGGACAGCGGCCAUAGCUCUCGAAGGAGGGGCAGCAGCUCCAGUGGAGUUUCUUACGAAGAGUUUCAAGUGCUGGUUAGAAGAGUAGACCGGAUGGAACACUCCAUCGGCAGCAUUGUCUCCAAAAUCGAUGCCGUCAUCGUGAAACUGGAAAUCAUGGAGAGGGCCAAACUGAAAAGACGAGAAGUAUUAGGACGGCUGCUAGAUGGGGUGACAGAGGAUGAAAGACUGGGCCGUGAUAAUGAAAUACACAGGGUACAGAUGGAGCGCCUCGUGCGGGAAGAAUUGGAACGCUGGGAGUCAGAUGAUGCAGCUUCCCAAAUAAGUCAACGCUUAGGCACUCCUGUGGGAGCGAAUGGCCAGCCACGUCCAAGGAGUUCCCGUCCUUCAUCCUCCCAGUCAACAGAAGGAAUAGAAGGUGGAGGAGGAAAUGGAGGUGCCAGUAUCCAUGGAUAGCCUGUGCCUUUCUAAUGAGAAGCCCACAAAUCCUGAAUUGCAGUAGUGAAUACACUAUUUAUAUCUCCUGACCAAGAUCUGACGCUGGUGGUCCCUUUGAUUGUUUUUUUUUUCUGCUGCACUUUAAUUUAUUGUAUAUAGAUUAUUCCCAUAGAUGAAGGAAGAUUUUUUUUUCUUUUUCUCUUUAUUGAGUACAGAAAUAGCCACUUCUUUUUUGAAGAAUAAUGAAAGCGGUGUUGGAUUGCUUUUAUAAAUCACUUGGUGAUAAAGUAACCUUUUAAACCAGCAGCAAUCAUGCUUUCAGGGGAAAAAAGAAUAGAAUUUUGUUUCCAAACCCCAAAUAAAUCAAAUUAUGUCACAUUUGCAGAAUAGUUGAGGGAACAUGACAGUGCAGACUUCAGCUUAGACUUAUCUGAACACUUUAUGUCACAUCAAGCUUAGUUCUUAGCUUUACUUUUAUUUUUUUUAACUGUUUGUGUCAUGAGGGCCCAAUAUGAAAUGUACAUGAAUGAUGAGACAGAGAGAUUCAAGCCAAAGGAUGAUUAGUCCUGCUUGGAAUGUCUUUACUUGAUUAGCACAUUUAUUAACAUUUAUUAUAACUGUCCACUUCUGUGUUUAUUAAGCUUUUGUGUAGAAUUAAAACCGUAGCAUAGCUGUCACGUGAACAUUGGUUUGAAUGGAUUCAUAGGGACAGAUAAUGACAACCAAAGAUCCCAGAGUAGCCUCUGUAACACACUGAAUGAGAUUGGAAGGGAUGUGAAACACUGGAUGUUUAUUCCCUAAAUUAAAGCAAACUAAAAUUUUUAGUACACUUAGGUAAGAGAAAGAUCAAUAAACUUCUCAGACCAAGAUAAAACCAAAUGGGGAAAUGAGGACUAACUUACUAAAUUCAUAUAAUAAGAGGUUCAGAUUUUAUAAGAUUUACUUUAUUAAAAUGUUAAUAUGAGGAUAGCAUACAACCAGAAUGACCUAGCUUUAUGGAAGGGACAUUUCAGUAUUGAAAGUAAGAUCAUCCCUGAAAGACUAGUUUAUUUUGGAGCAUUAUGUUUCAAAGUAAACAUGGUAUGUUUAUCUAAAGAAAAAAAAUUCUGAGAGGUGUUAAGGUUCUAUAACUAACUAACUGAAAGCUAAUGGUACAAUGAGAUAGAGCGCCAGACCUAGAGUCAGGAAGACUCAUCUUCCUGAAUUCAAAUCUGACUUUGGACACUUAAUAGCUGUGUGACCGUGGGUAAAUCACUUAACCUUGUUUGCCUCAGUUUCUUCAUCAGUCAAAUGAGCUGGAGAAGGAAAUGGCAAACUACUCCAGUACCUUUGCCAAAAAAAAUACAAAAACCCAAAACCCAAAUGAGGUCCCAAAGAGUCAGACACAAUUGAAAAUGACUAAACAAGAGAACAAAAUAUUUCAGAACUUGACCUUAACGUCAAGAGUUGAAGGAAAUAGGUAGGGCAGGAUUAUUUAGGAUUUUUGGAGUAUUGAAGUGGUUUAUGUGAAAUCCACUAAUUGAAAACAUAAGCACAUAUGAUCCUUUGGAUUGGUUUCUAGAGAAGAUAUGCCACAUUCCUUCAGAAUACUUCCUCAGUCUGACUUUUGCACACAUUUUCCUUCUAAUGUUAUACUUUUUUCUGAAUAUGCUGUAUCACCACAAAAACCUAUGUACUAAAAUAAAAAACCAAUGUAUUUGUAUCAUUAGGGGUGUAUGUGUGUGUGUGUGUGUGUGUGUGUGUGUGUGUGUGUGUGUGUGUAGAAUAACAUGGUACUUAAGAACAAACUUCAUCUUGAAGUGCAAUAAAUUUCAUGGAA